UUGUCGGAUUAUGAGCACACUUAGUGGACGGAAGCAACCACUUUCCAGUAUUUUGUUUUUAAUCUCUGCAUACGGGGAGAAAGGGAAACGUCUGUAGAAUGGAAGCCUGAACACUUUGUCAAAAAUCGUCCUUUCACAUUUUUCUGAAGUGGCCGAAAAUGAUGUCCGAAUGCGCUCCCAGCGAGCCGGGAGCCAGCGAGCCGGUGUUGGACCUCGCAGCCGCGACAGCGGCGUCCGAGGUGUCGUUGUCCAACUUUGUCCCGCCGGAGGCACCGAGGGUUUUAUUUGACAAGAACCGGAGCGGGUCGGAGUCCGGUGCCAGCCCGGGAUUCGCCAUCCGUGUGUCGGAUUCGUGUGAAAGUGUCCUCACGGAGCUGGAGACGGACGGCUCGGGGGAAGAGGCGCUGCUGCUGCCUUGCUUGGCGGGGAGCUCGUCGUCUCCGCGGGGCGGCCGAGAGAAGCGGAGCAGGCGGAACAGAAACAGCUCGUCGUCGGAUAAAGACACGUCGGCCUCGCCGGGCACUAGCAGUGGGGACUUCAACCAUUUCCCUGAUGAUCCAGAGUUUGCUGACAUCAUUCAGAGGGCAGAACAAGCCAUUGAGAAUGGAGUCUUCCCGGAGAGGAUUUCCCAGGGAUCCAGUGGAAGUUACUUUGUCAAGGAUCCCAAAGGGAAAAUCAUUGGCGUUUUCAAACCAAAGUCAGAGGAGCCUUACGGCCACCUGAACCCCAAAUGGACCAAAUACUUUCAUAAGCUAUGCUGUCCGUGUUGUUUUGGUCGAGGCUGCCUGUUGCCAAAUCAGGGCUACCUCUCGGAGGCUGCUGCCUCUCUGGUUGACACCAAGCUGGGCCUGGGGGUGGUCCCCAAAACCAAGGUGGUAUAUCUAGCCAGCGACACGUUCCACUACAGCGCCAUUGACCGAGCAAAGUCCAGGGGGAAGAAAUAUGCCUUAGAGAAGGUCCCUAAGGUGGGACGACGAUUCCACAGAGUGGGCUUGCCACCCAAGGUGGGCUCAUUUCAGCUGUUUGUAGAGGGUUACCACGAAGCAGACUAUUGGCUGAGACGUUUCGAGGCGGAGCCGCUGCCAGAGAACAUCAGGAAGCAGCUGCAGUCACAGUUUGAGAGGCUGGUGGUGUUGGACUAUGUGAUCAGAAACACAGACCGAGGGAAUGAUAACUGGUUAAUCAAGUAUGAAAAACCAGGGGGAGGGGAAGAAGCAAAGGACAUCGAGUGGCCUGAGAACAGUACAGACUCCUGUAUCAAGAUUGCAGCCAUAGACAAUGGUCUAGCCUUCCCCUUUAAACACCCUGAUGAAUGGAGAGCCUACCCAUUCCACUGGGCUUGGCUGCCCCAAGCCAAGGUGGCCUUCUCCCAGGAGACCAGGGACCUGGUGCUGUCCCGCCUCUCUGAUAUGAAUUUUGUCCAGGACCUCUGUGAGGACCUCUAUGAGAUGUUUAAGACCGAUAAAGGUUUUGAUAAAACCAUGUUUGAGAGGCAGAUGUCGGUGAUGAGGGGGCAGGUGUUGAACCUGAGCCAGGCACUGAAGGACGGGAAGAGCCCCAUCCAGCUGGUGCAGAUGCCCCGGGUAGUGGUGGAGCGCAGCAGAUCUGGUGGCCAGGGUCGCGUGGUCACACUGGGCAAUGCCUUCACCCAAACGUUUCAUUGCAAGCGCCCCUUCUUCUCGUCCUGGUAGACGAAGAGCUGGUGUGUGUGUGUGUGUGUGGGGGAGGGGGGGUCAGCUUUCAACCAUCACCUCUGCUCUUUCCUGGUCUCUCUCUAGGAAUCAAGAGAGAUAAAGGAGCAUGAGAGUAUUACUGUUGACAUUGAUUGUAUUUCCUGUUAGGCAGGUAGUUAUGGGAGACAGAGUGUAAGAGGUCACGGCAGUAGAAGCAAGGGUUUGAGAAAGUAAUGGGCUCGAGAUCUUGGCUCUCCCUGUGAAGGGUAAAGAGCGUCAAGUGGAGAGGCCUGAUGGAAGGAGGGAGUUAGAGAGACUGGCAUACCAUUGUCUGUAUGCCUUGUGGAUGCCAUGGUGACUUGAUUGGAGAAUUGGCUUUUCCAACAGGCAUGGGCUUUGUUUAUUGUUUUAAAGUGUGUGUGUGUGUGUGUGGGGGGGGGCUUUUACCCAUCCAAAGCACCCACUAAAGCGUCUUGCAAAGUCUCCUUGAUGAGGCUCACGGCCAAAGAACCAGCGCUUAUACAGCACCGUCUGUAGUAACAGACCUUUUGAGUUUUAAAAACAUUUAAAAGAAUCUCAAAUCUUUCAUGGACCAGUUUCUCAGUAUCCCUAGAAACUGCACUUUUGUUUAACACAAGGUUGCUCCUUGUCCAUGGUAAAGUCCUCAUUAAGUGUCUUGUUUGCCCUUCAAGAGAUUUUUGCUGAAAUUGGCGUAUACUUGCACUGUUGGUAGUAUUGUACUAACUCCCCACCCAAGGCAAGAGGACUUAUUUAAAGGGACCCUAAUUGCUUUUUGACCAGGCAUUUGUUUUCAAAACCACAGCUGUCCAUCCAACGCAAACCCAGUGUCUUCAACUCUCACUACUGCCAAAUUCUUUUUUUUUUUUUAAAGAUAGACUAUUGAAAAAAGGCUUCAGGAAAAGAAUGUUGUCAAAACUUGAACUUGAACUUUGGGGGUACAGAAGGAACAAGACUUAACAUGUUGCUUGAAUGUCAAGUUUACGGUUUCUAUAUAGAUUCUUGAUCCAAAACAUUUCAAUACAAUGGACUGCCGUCAAAAUAGAAUUGUCUUGUUAACAAUGAAUGUACUUAUUGUUGGACAUUUAUUUAAUUGCCGGCAGGCAGCUUGAUGAUGAACUUUGUGGUAUGGGGGGGUAUCUCACCCUUCUCCUUUACAAUACAGUACAUAUAUGAGGGAAAAAAAUAAUAAUUGAAGAAACUAUCACACUCAAUGCCGUUUUCUUAUGAAUGCAUUUUGAAGUUUUUAUUCAAACUGAAUGAUUGUAUGAGAAGAAUUGUGUAAAUGACACAAAUAAAUAAGAU